CCCCUUUUGUAAAUUUCUCCAAAAAAAUUUGUUGAUGGCACCUGAUGAACAUUGCCAAAAACUCCAUUGGGAUACCUUGUAAAAAGAUCCGAAAAAGAAAGAAUUAGCAUUCCUCCAAGGUUGAUUGUCGUCCUCUUAAUUCGUACUAUGCUUGUAGUCUUCUUCACGAGGAGCACUCUGCUAGUUACAACUUACAUACAUGUGCCUUCGUACUCGAACAGCCGCUGUGGUGAUUACUUUGACGUUACCAAAAGUUCUCCCAAAACUCGUGCCUUAAAUUAUCUCACUUUCACAGUUUCUAAACUCUCAUAAUCUGCGUUUUAAACACUUCCAAAUCCACUUUUCGCGCCUUUGCAACAUCACCUCAUCAUCAUUCAUCUCUAUACCCUAUCUCUCCUACCCAUUUUGAUUAGUUUCAACUGAAAAAUGUCGCAAUUCUCACUCUCAUCCCUCCAUAAAACACCAAAACCUCACCUUUUUCCAAGCAACAGCAAGCACACACCAUCAAUCGUUAAUCCCACUACCCAAUUUCUAUCUCUUCCCAACAAAAACUCACAGUUGCAAAUCCCAUCACCAUUCAAAUUAAAAUGCCAACAUAAUAGUUUUUCGACUCAAUUGAUAAACCCCAUUUCAUUCCCCACAAUCCAAAAACGUUUUCUUAUUUCUAAACCAAGGAAUGCUACCAAACGUUGCACUCAGCUUCUUUGCGGCAAUUCGUCGAACAGCUUGAGUGCAAAUAACAAAUCGUCGUUUAGGGGGUUAAUUGAAACUCUCAGUGAAGCAGUUUCUACUGCAUUCCCAAUAUGGGUUGCUUUGGGAUGUUUGAUGGGACUUUUGAAGCCGGAUUCUUUCAGUUGGGUCAAACCCCAGUUGUCAAUUUGGGGAUUGACCAUCACUAUGCUGGGUAUGGGUAUGACACUUACUUUGGAUGAUCUGAGUGGAGCUAUGGCUAUGCCUAAAGAAGUGAUUGCUGGUUUUUUGCUUCAGUACUCGGUGAUGCCAUUGUCUGGUUUCUUUAUCAGCCGGCUAUUAGGGUUGCCAUCCCAUUAUGCAGCUGGCCUAAUAUUAGUUGGCUGUUGCCCUGGUGGGACAGCGAGUAACAUUGUCACCUAUCUUGCCCGUGCAAAUGUUGCUCUUUCAGUGCUGAUGACAGCGGCAAGUACAUUUUCAGCCGUGGUCAUGACUCCAUUCCUCACUGCUAGACUUGCUGGGCAAUAUGUUCCAGUUGAUGCAACUGGACUUCUGAUGUCAACUCUUCAGGUUGUGUUGCUUCCAGUGUUAGCUGGGGCGUUCUUUAACCAGUAUUUCCAGGGCCUGGUUAGAUUAGUUUCACCAUUGUUGCCACCCAUUGCUGUGGCUACUGUCGCGGUUCUAUGUGGCAAUGCAAUUGCGCAGAGUUCUUCUGCAAUCUUGAUGUCUGGUCAGCAAGUCGUGCUGGCUUGUUGUCUCCUUCAUGCAUCCGGGUUUUUCUUUGGAUAUAUGCUUGCAAGGUUGCUUGGAAUUGAUAUGUCAUCUGCUAGGACCAUAUCAAUAGAGGUUGGCAUGCAGAACUCGGUUCUUGGGCUAGUGCUCGCAAACCAGCAUUUCGGGAACCCAUUGACUGCAGUUCCUUGCGCAGUCUCUAGUGUUUGUCACUCAAUUAUCGGAAGUGCUUUGGCGGGAAUUUGGAGAUACUCAACACCUAAGGAGAGAAGCCAGAGUGAGUUGCCUCUUAAUUAGCGCUGCUCCUGUUCAUUUUGCCGCCACUUGUAAUUACCUUCUUUUCUUUGUAUUCUCUUCACUCUCCAAGUCUCCAACUUGUAAUUUCUUAAGUUGGAAAUUUUGUAAUAAAGUAUCUCAUUUGCUAAACGACGCCCUAAAUUUUCCCAUUAACGCCCUAAAUACGUAUAAUAUACGUAUUUUUUCAUUUUCA